AUGACAUCUUACUUAUUUCCUUCGUCAUCAAAACAAACAUUUAUUGUUCUUGUUUUUCUAUGUUUUUUUCCAGCUUCUGUCUUAGGCAUUGUAUUAAAAUGUUGGAUAUUUAUUUAUAUUUUAUUAAUGUUAAUUGGUUACUUAUUCUCAUCAAAAACAAAUAUUAAACCGUUAAUAGUAAGACCAUCAUCUUAUGCUUUAGUUACUGGUGCAUCAACUGGAAUUGGUCGUUCAAUAUGUCAUGAAUUAGCUCAAAAAAAAUUUAAUUUAAUUAUUGUUGCACGAACUAUGUCAAAACUCAAAGAAUUAGCAGAUGAAAUACAUUUAAAAUAUCAUAAUAUCAAUGUUAUUAUUAUUACUAGAGAUUUAUCUGUGGAAGAUGGUGCUGAUCAAUUAAUAGAAGAUAUUGAAUAUUAUUAUCAACAAUGGCCUGAUAUGUGUAUCGAUAUAUUAAUUAAUAAUGCUGGUAUGGGUUAUAUAAAUAAAUUUCUUUCAUUAUCAUCCUACAAUAUAUAUAAACAAAUGUUUUAUUUACAUAUUCAAACUCCAACAAAAUUAAUUUAUUAUUAUUUACCAAAAAUGAUUGAAAAUAAUCGAGGACGUAUUAUUAAUGUAUCAAGUGAAAUAUCGUAUAUGAGUUCACCACGUGCGAUUAUUUAUUCAUCGACAAAAGCCUAUUUAACAUUAUUUACAACAGCUUUAAACUAUGAAAUACAACAAGAAAUAAUAAUAAAAAAAACAUUUAUUUUCUAUUGA